CAUGGAUAUUUCGUGAAUUAAAUACGAAGACUGUUAAAUCUUUUGAUAUAUUUUUUGGUUUAACAUGAGUGACGAAGAAGAUGCACUUGGUAAUGAAGACAAAGAGCAGGAUCAAAUUAGGGCAGAACUCUCACAAAUAAGUUUUGAAGAUUUGCAGAAGCUUAAAGAAAAAUUGGGUGUUAAAGUAUACAAAGAAACAUUGUUUGGACCACGAAAGGUUAAACAAGUUGACUUUAAGCGGGAAAAUAAAAAUAGGCCACGAGAACUAUCUGCAAAGAAACCCAUUUCUCGAUUCAGAGAAGUGAUACAAGUGAAGAAAAAUAUUCCGAGGGAUCCAAGAUUUGACAGCUUGUGUGGUACGUUUGAUAAGAAAAGAUUUAAUAAAGCUUAUAGUUUCCUUUCUGAUGUGAAGAAGAAUGAUCUGGAAAAGUUGAAAAAGAAAUUGAAAGGAUGUAAUGAUCCAAAACAGAUAAAGAAAAUUAAAUACCUUGUGAAACGAUUAGAAAAUCAAUUAAACGAAGAAAAGAGACAAAAUCAGAAAGAAGAAAAGAAAUAUGAAGAAAAGAAGGAGAUUGUUGAGGCUAUUAAGCGUGGUAAAAAACCUACAUUCAAAAAGAAGUCUGAGAAACGAGUUUUAGACUUAAUUUCACAAUAUGAGGAACUAAAGAGUACAGGUAAACUAAAGAAACAUAUUAAACGAUUGCGUAAGAAAAAUUUACAGAAGGACAGACAAAAAUUAGCAUCUGUAGAACACGAAUAA